GUUGCGUAAGAAGACAGCCACUUUGAGCAAUAUAUCGCGUUAUUUACUUUUUGCGUCGUAAAUUAUGCGAUUCCAAGACGAUAUUCUGGUGCUUUAUAUACCAAGAAUGAGUCUUUAGCAACCCAAUCUUGCAUACUGUGAUGCCAUAUUCUUCCAAAUAUAGAAAGCCGAACAGUAUUGGGGGCGCCAUGUGAGGCUUCAAGUGGUGCAAUAAGUCCACUAAUAUCGAGUUUUGUAUUUCACUGUGUUGCGGCUGAGCCAUUGUAAAAGAGUGUGAGGCUUGUGUUGUCCGCGGAGGAGACGAUCGGAAGUAUUUGUUUACAAACACUGGAAUGUAAACAAAGGGGCCGCCCGUCGCGCGUGUGUUGCGCCGCGCGGGGCAUUGUGGGCGCGGCGGCGGUGUGUUGUGGUGCGCACGCGGGCUGGCUGUGUGGCCGUGUCGCCAUCUUCACCGGCUCGCAGGUCCCCACACGAUGUCGAGGGGGCCCGACCAGCAUGCCUGGGCCCUACUAGCCCUUCAGAAGUCGGCGCCGGCCUCCCCGCACCGCGUCCCCGCCUGGGCCCCCGACAGGAAGGGCACCCCCAUCGCCAGGCUCGAAGGCAAGGAAUUCGAAUACAUGGUGCGUCAGAGUCGGGUGGUGAUCGGCCGCAACUCCAGCAAGGGCGACGUGGACGUGAACAUGGGCCACAACAGCUUUAUUUCGCGUCGUCACAUUGAGAUAUACUUCGAGACGCCGCACUUCUACAUGAUCUGCAACGGCAAGAAUGGCGUGUUCGUGGACGGUGUGUUCCAACGCAAGGGCGCGCCUCCCCUCCAGCUUCCCAGACAAUGCACGCUAAGGUUUCCAAGCACAAACAUCAAGAUCCAGUUCCAGUCUCUCGUGGAUGACCUGGACCCGCCCCCCGCCCGGGUCCCGUCACCGCCCAAGAGGAAGAUACAGCCCCUCAAAAUCAACAUUCCCGAACAGGAUGCCACUUUUGGCUCCCCGUUCCCCUCCCCAACGGGCACCAUUAGUGCUGCCAACAGCUGCCCUACGUCUCCCCGGGGGGGCCACGGGGGCCUGGGGGGCAUGAAGAAAGGGCUCAAUGCAGAAAACCUUGUCCAGGCUGCGUAUGAUGCCAUGGAAGACAAAGGGGUCAUCGCCAACACAGUUACUGUGUCAACAACCCAUGAGGAAAGCCAGAUCAGCCUUGGCGCGUCCAACCAACAGUACCACAAUGGCAUUCAGGCAUCCAUAGCUGACGAUGGGUACUUCACCUCCCCACAGCCCCCAGACCAACCCCACAGUCCUCCCGGAUCAAAGGAUGACUCCAAGCCACCCUACUCCUAUGCCCAGCUCAUCGUCCAGGCUAUUUCCUCAGCACUAGACAAGCAGCUCACCCUCAGUGGAAUAUACUCCUACAUUACCAAACACUACCCCUACUAUCGCACUGCUGACAAGGGCUGGCAGAACUCCAUCCGACACAACUUGUCCCUAAACCGGUACUUUGUAAAAGUGCCGCGGUCACAGGAAGAGCCAGGCAAGGGCAGCUUCUGGAAGAUUGACCCAGCCUCUGAAAGCAAAUUAGUGGACCAGGCCUUCAAGCGGAGGCGGCAGCGGGGGGUGCCAAUCUUCAAGACCCCCUUCACACACCUCUCAAAUAGCAGAUCUGCUCCUGCCUCCCCCUCACACAUUGGCAUGAGUGGGUUGGUCACGCCAGAGUCACUGUCUCGAGAGGGAUCCCCAGUGCCAGAGUACGUGGACUCAGCCACCGCCUCGCCCCUCAACCCCCUCAACACGGCUGCACAGUAUGACGUCAACACCACCAGCGCGCCUCCCUCCCCACCUCACCCACAUCAACAAGGUGCCACAUUAAUAGGUACAAGCGGAGUGAGUGUUCAGAACUCCCAGCAGCUCAUGUCUGCCUUACAAGGCAAGUACCUGAUAGCUACUGCUGGAGGUCCUAGUGGUGCCGGGUCAGGCAAGACCGGUGAGCUGAAGCAGAUCCAGCUGACCACCAGUGGGCAUGGAACAGAGUCCACCUCCUUCACCCAGGGUCAGGUCAUUGUCCAGGCUUCUGACCCCUCCUCCUUCACCCACACUCAGGUUAUCUUGCCCACACACCUCACCAAGUACGGAAAGUAUAAAUUUAGCGGCGGCUACGUGACGGUGAACGGCGAGGUGAAGCGUGUGAGUGCACCGAGCGGAACCUCCCUCACCAGUGCCGGCAGCAGCAAUAACGUGAGGAGUAGUACAGGCACCAGCACGCUGAUGGUGGGCACCGUGACGGCCGCACCCCAGGCCGCCGAGUACGUGGAGGAGGUGGUGGAGGCAGAGGGGGUGGUGAUGGCGGCCCCCCAGCAGGAACCCCUCACCAAGCGACCCAGGAUGGAGGGCGAUGGACCCCCCUAUGAGGAUGAGUAAUGUAAGUCCCCAGCCCUCCUUCCCUUCUAGCCCAUGACAGGUGUCUUGUGGCCAGCUAGCUAGUGGUCAUCAAGCAGUGGAAGUCAGUUCCCAAGCCAACAAAGCAAGUAGUAAUCUAUAUACUAAGUCAAGCAGGUGGUUCUCAGGUUGAAGGCAACAAGAAUGUACUCUUGAAGCUGUGAGAUACCCCAAGCUUUCACUAAAGAAGUGGUACAUCUUGUAUAGUAAAUGAAUUGUCCAAUUAUUGUUAAAGAUGGCUUCUGAGAUGUUACUUCAGGGAGUACACAACAAGAAUAAUUGGUUACAAGUUUGUAGUACAUUUAAGUUUAGAAUGCAAGACUACAGACUUGUGCAGUGGAGAUACUACUAUUGCAGUGCCUGCUGCCUGCCACAACAGCAGGCAGAGCGGCCCGAGGCCAACAGUGAACAUCAGUAAGACAAGCUGUGUCAGCACAUCCACAGCGGUGUGUGCUGGGACACAGCAUCUCUCCAAGGAUCAGCUGUGCCUAGGUGUAAGUGCGUCACACCGAGAGACUAAUGUCAUGUACCUGAUGAGAUUAUGGAGGUUGCUUCAGAGGCGACUUGUGCAAAAUGUUACUUGUCUGAAUGACACUUCGAUGAUGAUUAGUUACCCUGAGGUAGUAGAUGAGUGUGUUUAAAGAAUGUUUUCUCCAAGUGCUUUUUAAGUUCUGGUGAAAAGAACAUCUACACUUGAAAAAGAUGUUGCUUGCAUAUUACGUAAAACGGCUUUUCUUCAUCUUGACAGCGGCUUAAUCUUCAUCUUGAGAACAGCUUACUUUUCGAUUAAAUUAUUUGAACUGUUUAGUGUAUGAUAUGUAAAUGGCAAGAAAUAGAACAUUUUCCUAUCAAAUAUGAUUUUUUAUAAGUUUGGCCAUGUGGCUUCUACCAAAUAUGAGACAGUGAAGUGGAAAAAGUGGAUGCCUAGUUGUUUGUACUAAUUAGUGCAGUGGUUUAAUUUCAUGAAUAAGGGUUUUCAGUUUUGAAGAGGAAUUGUGAAAUGGCCACACAAAAAAUUAAUUGUUCCAAAAUUAAUAUGAAACAAGCUUUUGUAUUUUUAUUUAUUUAUUUUUAUUGUAUGUGUGAAGUGUGGGAGUGGAGAAACCCUGCCAUAUAUGUACAGAACAGUGUCUGGGGCUGCUCCUGAGCCAGGGGACUUGUCUCCUUGAGGACUUUGUACUAAAGAUAAUUAGUGUAGUCUAAGUCGGAACUCCCAUAUUUUUCUUCAGUGUUUGAGAGGCUAUAAAAGGGUGUAAAUGAUUAUUAUGCUAUUUUCUCCCAAAGGAGAACAGUGUCACAUUAGAGAAGUAUUAUGAGGAACACUUCCUUUACCUUUUUUUCUUUUUCUUUUUGUAUAUACCAGAACAAAUGUAAAACUAGGUUUUCACAAGUUACACAUUUCAUCAAAAUGUUAGCACCUGUCUGUGGGGAAACCAUAAAUGUAAAUCUUUUGUCAUCUUGAAAUACAAAUUGUUCAUUCUUAAGAUGUUACAGGAAAUAGUUAUUGAGUUGUUAACAGAAAUUUACUGCUGCCAAAACACUAGUUGAGGCAGGUUAUAGUGAGACAAAACAGUUUAUGUAAAUAUACCUCCUGGUACCCAUGUUUUGACUGUGGCAGUUGGCAUUAGCUUGCGUGACAGUCCUUGACCGGCUGCAUGCAACACCAGCUGAUGUUCGCACCCCAGAGGUCAUGACUUGCCCUGUAGUAUCACAGGCUGCACUCAGGAAUCAUGAUUGCACACACAACGUAAUUUCAAUAUUGCCAAACUACUGCCACUAUCGACCUUUGUUUCAUUUUAUACGGUGGGUUUCUCUCCCGGCGGAGCAGCCAGGUGUGUUUGUUGUACAGGUUAAUUUCCUCCUUUGUCAUCGGUAAUAAGUCUGUAUUCCUCCUGUCAGAUGUCCCAAACGACUUGCAUCUUUGGUGACUCAGUGUUGCUUGGGUACCAGAACCAACUGCCACAGGAUGUAGUUAUGCACUUGUGUUUACAUGACCUUCAGAGCAAGUGGAGUCUGAAAGAUAAAAUAUAUGGUGAAUAAAUGGUUCCUUAGAUUUUUAUGAUUAUUUUUUUUUCUAAUAAAAGGAGUUUUAUUUUAUUUGUAUUUUUGUUAUUGUUGAGUAAAGCUACAUUGCUUGCAAUCAGGGAAGUGCCUUGGGGCAGCCUCCCUUGACUUCAAAAUUUCAUAUUCAUGUUUUAAUUUGCCAAUAAUUUUCAUUUAAAAAGUUGUAUCAUUUAACAUUCUUCUAAGACAAAAUAUUUUCUUGAAACACUCCAUAUUUUUUUUCUGUGAUAGGAGUUAGUAUAGUAGUUUGUACCAUCUUUGUCCUGUGACAAAAUAAUUGUGAAACACACUUUUUUUUUUUUUUUCCAUUCCCUGUAAACCACCUUUAUUUAUUGCUCAUCAGACCCAAUAUCUGUAUUGCUUCACGCUUUUGAUACGUCACUUACCAAGUGUAGCCAAGUACUGCAGUUCCCCAUUUGCUCGCCAAUUUUGUAUUGCUUCUUAAGAGAAUGUGAUAAGGUCUUGUUCAAGUUUUCAAGAGAUUCUUUGUUUAGAAAGUUUCUACAGCAGUGGCAUCCUAAAUGUUUUGAGGAAAUAAGGUGUGUUUGGUUAUGUGUGCUUUAAUUUUUUUAUGUUAUGCCGUCUUUUGACAAGGCAAUAUACUUCCCAGUGUUGCUGGAUGGUAAAUGUGCAAUCCAGCUGCUGCAAGAAGUGGAUGGAGCCGUGUCAUCUGGCCGCGUCGUGCCUGGCCCAGCAGAGACUUCCUUUCAGCCUAAGACAUAAUACCUUCUUGCUGUUGAUGAUGCUUUAACCUGUUGGUAAUACAUUCAGAUGUCUGUAGGCAUUAUUUUCUACUUGUUAAUAGCAUUUUAUUUUUACCCAUGAGGCAGGCAGGCAGGCUAGAUAACGAGGCUGUGGUGCCAAGCUUACCCUUGGGAGAAGGACUUGCGACAGUCAUUGUUCUUGUAUAAUAGUGAAUUGGGUAAUCUGAAGGAUUAAAAUAGUUAAAUUUAAGAUGAUGGGUAGUCUUUAGACAAAUAUUCAAGUUAUUUGGUGAAUUUCAUGAGGUACAAACUUCUUUGUAUUGUAUGUUAGACAUAAGCUGAAUAAGUGUAGAACAUAAUCUCAUUGAGGCACUUACACAUUUUAUGUAAAUCUGUGUUGAAAUCAAGUUCAUCAAGUAACAUGAGUAUUUAAUGAGGAUCUGCCCACAAAUUAGUUGAAAGCUAGUCGUCCAGGAACUUGGAUGAAAGGUCUCUCAAGAUUCAACUUAAGUGAAGGCUUUCCCCCAUCCCCUACACUCCUGACAUUCAGGGGUCAUUGUCCUGCCCUCCCCAGCCACCACCCACAGACUCUACCCUGCCUUGAUAUCAUAGUGAUUCGUAUGUACAACUAAUAGAAGCAGAGUGAAAAUAAACCUAUUAACUGAG